AUGCAUUUUGUCGUAGCUCUGGAGCCCGAAGUCCAACAUCAGGACCUGAACCAUGAGGAAGGCUUUCUCCUACCUUCUACUCCACCACUGUCAAAUCCAAUCAUUGAAAACAGCUUACCAACAGGGGCCAUUUCCAAAGGUUUGUGGAUGGCUCCUAGAAGCUCUUGA